UGUAGGAGUGAGGAGGAGGACAUUCCAGGAGAUGUCACCACAGCAGUAGAAGAUGAAGAUAUGCAGCGCUCUUCAGGAGAAAAUAUUAAUGUACAUCCAGGACUUCACAGUACAGAUCUGUCAUAUAAUCUUCCUAAUCAUGAGGAACCUUCUCUUGACCAGAAAGAGGGUGAAAUGUUUGACUGUGGUAAAGAGUUCACAAAAAGAUCAAGUCUGUCUACAUAUAGAAGAAUUUGCACCGGGGAGAAGCCAUACUCCUGUUCAGAAUGUGGAGAGUGCUUUACAGAUAAAAAACAUCUUGUUAGACAUGAGAGAAAUCACACAGGAGAGAAGCCAUAUUCAUGUUCAGAAUGUGGGAAAUGUUUUAAAGAUAAAUCAAGUCUUGUUAGACAUAAGAUAAAUCACACAGGAGAGAAACCAUAUUCAUGUUCACAAUGUGGGAAAUCUUUUACACAAAAAUCACAUCUUGUUAGGCAUGAGAGAAAUCACACAGGAGAGAAGCCGUUUUCGUGUUCAGAAUGUGGGAAAUGUUUUACACAAAAAACUAAUCUUGUUACACAUCAGAGAUUUCACACAGGAAAUAAGCCAUAUUCAUGUCCAGAAUGUGGGAAAUGUUUUGCACAAAAAUCAGAUAUUGUUAGGCAUGAGAAAAGUCACACAGGAGAGAAGCCAUAUUUGUGUUCAGAAUGUGGGAAAUGUUUUACACGGAAAUCAGAACUUGUUACACAUCACAGAUUUCACACAGGAGAGAAGCCAUAUUCAUGUUCAGAAUGUGGGAAAUGUUUUGCAUAUACAUCAGGUCUUCUUACACAUAAAAGAAUUCACACAGGAGAGAAGCCAUAUUCAUGUUCAGAAUGUGGGAAAUGUUUUACACAAAAAACUGAUCUUGUUAAGCAUGAGAGAAGUCACACAGGAGAGAAGCCUUAUUCAUGUUCAGAAUGUGGGAAAUGUUUUGCACAAAAAACAGUUCUUGUUACACAUCAGAGAAGUCACGCAGGAACAAAUUUCCCCCCGUGUAAGAGUGAGGAGGAGGAGGAGGAGGACAUUCCAGGAGAUGUCACCACAGCAGAAAAUCCCGGUACGAAUUCUGAAGGAAAUUUGUUGUCACUAAAUUAUAAAGUAGAAGAUGAAGAUAUGCAGCGCUCUUCAGGAGAAAAUAUUAAUGUACAUCCAGGACUUCACAGUACAUAUAAUCUUCCUAAUCAUAAGGAACCUUCUCUUGACCAGAAAGAGGGUGAAAUGUUUCACUGUGGUAAAGAGUUCACAAAAAGAUCAAGUCUUUCUACAUAUAGAAGAAUUCGCACCGGGGAGAAGCCAUACUCCUGUUCAGAAUGUGGGGAGUGCUUUACAGAUAAAACACAUCUUGUUAGACAUAAAAAAAGCCACACAGGAGAGAUGUUUAAGUGUUCAGAAUGUGGGAAAGGUUUUAAAAUCAAAUCAAAUCUUGUUAUACAUGAGAGAAAUCACAUAGGAGAGAUGCCAUAUUCAUGUUCAGAAUGUGGGAAAUGUUUUACACAAAAAUCAGAUCUUGUUAGGCAUGAGAGAAGUCACACAGGAGAGAAGCCAUAUUCAUGUUCAGUAUGUGGGAAAUGUUUUACACAAAAAUCAGAUCUUGUUAGGCAUGAGAGAAGUCACACAGGAGAGAAGCCAUAUUCAUGUUCAGAAUGUGGGAAAUGUUUUACACAAAAAUCAGAUCUUGUUAGGCAUGAGAGAAGUCACACAGGAGAGAAGCCAUAUUCAUGUUCAGAAUGUGGGAAAUGUUUUACACAAAAACCAUAUCUUGUUAAUCAUGAGCGAAGUCACACAGGAAUGAAGCCAUAUUCAUGUUCAGAAUGUGGGAAAUGUUUUACACAAAAACCAUAUCUUGUUAAGCAUGAGAGAAGUCACACAGGAGAAAAGCCAUACAUGUGUUCAGAAUGUGGGAAAUGUUUUACACAAAAAAAUAAUCUUGUUACACAUCAGAGAUUUCACACAGGAAAGAAGCCUUAUUUAUGUUCAGAAUGUGGGAAAUGUUUUGCACAAAAAUCAGAUCUUGUUAAGCAUGAGAGAAGUCACACAGGAGAGAAGCCAUAUUUGUGUUCAGAAUGUGGGAAAUGUUUUACACGGAAAUCAGAACUUGUUACACAUCAGAGAAGUCACGCAGGAGCAAAUUUCUGAAAUCAGCAGAUUCCAUUUGGGUACAAAUAAAUUCAAACCAAAGUGACAGUGCUCAGAUUGCCCUAAUAAAUUGUGGAUGACAUUCUGAAGUCUUGAAGAGCUUUAACGUCAAGGCAGCAUUGGCAAUCUUAAAGUGGCAGUGAAAUAUAUAGAUAUGGAUAAACAGAUGGUGGCCGGUGGUAAUAAGCAAACUGUUUAACACAUAUUGCACUUUUGGCUUUGUUAUGCUUUUUAAAAUAAAAAAAAAUCAUCCAAAA